GUUAUUUCGGAUACUGGGAAUCCGUGUCUAACAUUAAACGCAAGCACGCGACAGGCCAGGAGGAGAAAGAAAGAGGGUGCCCGAUAUGCGGAUGGUGGUCUACGGAACCGUGCAAAUGAAGUAGCAGAACGGUGGGCGUCACGCCAAGGGCUAGGAUACCACAGAUAUCAGUGAGGGAUUCGACCAAAGACUUAAGCCAUGGCCUCUCUCGGACGCCACAUGAUGCGAACUUGCAUGAAACUUGGGACAAUAUCUUCUACAAGAAACCUCCCUCUACAGUUUGUGCAAAGACAUUUCCCUAAACAUUAUCAGGCUACGCCAUCAUUUCAUACCUGUGCCAGAUGCCUGAGAGAUUCGGACAUCCCUGCAGGAUCAGGCAUCUCCAGAGUAGAGAGGAACUCCAUGGUCCUCUCCAAGACUCUCUUUGAGGAGGCCACGCACGAUUCACCAAAUAAAGGUGCUUUCAAGGAGGUCGUCACGACCUUCACAGAGAUGGACAAGAGGCGCAGGGGCCACGUGCAGUUCAUCGAGACCGCCCUGAGGUACAUGAAGGCCUUUGGUGUGGAGAAGGAUGUGGAAGCGUAUAACAUGUUGCUUGAUGUCUUCCCCAAAGGGAAGUACGUUGCUAAGAAUGCUUACCAGUCCAUGUUCAAUCACUUCCCCGAGCAGCAGGUGUGUGGCAUCAAGGUUCUACAGCAGAUGGAAGACAAUGCUGUCUUACCAAACAAUAAUACCAAGGAAAUCCUACUCGCAAUCUUUGGUCGGAAUGCCCAUCCGAUCAAGAAGUACCAGCGUCUGAUGUACUGGUUCCCCAAGUUUCGCAACAUCAAUCCUUUCCCUCUACCCAAGGAAAUGCCAAGCGACCCCAUCAAACUCAGCGAGAUUGGACUCAAGAGAAUAUCAGAAUAUGAAGCAGAGUUCACUGUUUAUAGUGUCAACAGGUCCAGUGAGACAUCAGUAAUGGUCCAAGACCAGGACUAUUCAGACCUUCAAGGCCGGGACUACAUUGCCAGUGUGCAGAGUCCAGAGCAGAAGGAGGACCUGUCCCAGCACCAGAUCUUCAGACCGCUCUAUGUGGAAGGACCGUACACUCUGUGGCUCAAGACAACCGUUCAGUCUUACUAUGUAUUGAGAACAGACCCAUUGGAGUUACAGGAGCCCCUUAUGUAUGAAAGAGGUCAACUUCCCCCAGCCCCCACAGAAGGCAAUGUCUACGCCAUGUGUAUGGCCAGCGAUGGCGACCGAGGGAUGUUAAAUGAAUGGAUCAAUAGACUACAGGAUGAGAACCCUCACCUAGCCAGGCUCACCGUCAUCUUCAAUCUAUUCGACAAGAAAGGCGAUGGCCAGGAGACACAGGUCCAUCAUAUAGGGGAGGGAACAAAGAUGCUGGGGAGUUGAUGAUAAUUAAUUUGCAUAGAUGCCUAUAUUGUGUUAAUACUAUAUAUACUUAUACUGAAUUGAAUUGGCAUAAUGGCUUCUUCAUCCUAUUCAACAAGAGAGGCGAUGGCCAAGAAACAAAAGUGCUUCGUUUGGGGGAGGGAACCAAAACGAUUAGAAGUUGAGGAUGAUUAAUUUGCAUAGAAGCAUAAUACACUGAAUAGAAUUGGCAAAGUUUCUUCUUCAUCGUAUUCACCCAAACAGGGGAUUUCCAGGAAGCGAAGGUGCAUCAUAAAGGGGAGGGAACAAAGAUGCUUGAAAGUUGAUGAUAAUUACUUGGCAUGGAUGCACACACUGUGUUAAUGAUAUGUAUCUUAAUACUGCAAUGGACAAAACUGACCGAUUAAACUUCAAUAUGUGAAACAGGAAACCCAAGUCUAUCUCAAAGAGACAAAGAUGUAAGGGAGUUGGUGAUAAUUGAUUUGCAUAAAUGUAUACAUUAUGUUUAUUGUUAUACAGUCAAACUUGUCUUUAACGACCGCCCAAGGUAAACACAAAAAAGUGGUCUUUGUAGACAUGGCGUCUUUGAAGACAGGCUUCUUUAUUACGUGUUUCAAUGUUAAACCAUUUUCAAGGGAAACAAAAAAUGUGGUCUUUGUAGACAGAUGGUCACUAAAGCAGGUUUGACUGUACUUCAUGCAUCAGGGCACAUUUGUACACAGAAUAGGCCCAUCAAAUAUCUCCUUUUCUGAUAAUAACAAUCUGCAAAAACUAGCCAUGUCUAAAAGUGACUAUAUUGGUCAGUUUGGGCAAAAAUGACUAAAAUGUUGUGUGAGCAGGGUCAAUAAUACUGAUAUUUUGGGAAUCAGUGCAAAGUGCAAAACUUUUACCCCGGAUAAGCUAUUUGAACAAAACCCACCACAAUUUCUGAUAAAUACCCCCAUCUCCUAACGUUGUCACAGCUGAUGUUUGUAUCGACUUUUUCCCAUGAUGCCUCACAUGAAAUCAACAAAACACUGGUGUUGCUACAUGGCGCUGUGGAUUGCAAUCCACCGUAUUGAAUCAGCAAAAUUGCAUUAUAUUUCUUACAAGAGGAAAGGCAAAGGCUAAGAAAUACACAUCCAUCAUGUAGGGGAAGGUUCAAAGACUUGCGAAAUUUGAUCAUGGAGAUUUGCAAUUUUGCGUAGAUGUAUCUUUUGUGUUAAAAUCAUUAUUGUAAAACACUAUAUUGCAUUUGAUGAAAUUUCCAUCAUUUUCAUCCAUUUUUGCCUUAGUCAAGAAAAGUUGAUGUAAGUUUGUAAUACAUUUGUAUGACAAAAUUGACUGAUAUGUAUAAGAAGGUGAGGCAAUUUUAAUUGAUAUACAGUGGAAACUCGUUAUAACGACGUCCUUGGGACCAAGGAAAUUACUUUGUUAUAUCAGGGUAAAAAAAUCAAAAGAAUAUAAAGAGCUGGGACCAGCAAAAUCAUCUUGUUAUAACAGAUACCUGGUUAAAUCAGAGCUCCUUAUACUGAGGUUCCACUGUAUAGGUAGUUUAUUUGCAGCCAGAAGGGUGUUAACUCAUCAUUUUACACAGAGCUAAUGCCGUACUGGCUCUAAACAGAUAUUUGCUCUUUAAUGUUGCAAAUUGAUAUUUGUUUUAUAUUUUGGGGUCUGGACUUAGACUUUGGGUGCCUCGUCUGUCCCUUGCUGUAUGAGACCAUAUGGGAAUAGACCAAUUGGGUAGGAGACUAAUUGGCUGUAGACAAAACGGCGAUAAAUCGUAAAGAUCAGAAUAUUAUGACAUGUUCGAGGACACACAUGUUUGUGGGAAUAUGACGUCCCGAGGGCGAUCUGGACAUUUACGUCAUAACCAAAGACCUGCUCUUUUUCUGUGCAAAUAGAGCAACUAAAUACAGUACCCCUAUUUGAAAGAGGCCUUGAAUUAUAAAUAAUGUAUAGGUUUCUCCUGUGAGUGGUUGUCAACUUGAAAGUGAAGGUACAGUUUGUAUGAAUGUCCUCGAUACCCCCACACCCCCAAGCAUCAUUAUGUAAUUUGCAUACUUAAGUUUGAAAGAAUCCAAAAUUUUACUCAUGAUACUGUAUAUAACUGUACAAUGUAUUGUUUUAUUUGUGAUAAAUGAUUAAAUUCUUUGAAUAUAUCACACUCGA